AUGAUACCCAUCGCAGAACUCGGCAGGAGGCUCAUUCCUCGUAUCCUGGAUGACAUGUCUAGAGAUGAACCGGAUCGAGUUAUCUACUCCAUCGCCAAGUCUGCUGAUAUCUCUGAGGGUUUUGACGAGAUCACGGCUCGCGACUUUGCUGACGCGGUGAACAAGACCGCCUGGUGGCUGGAAGGCCUUGUUGGCAAGAGCGAAUCGUUUCAGACGAUUGGCUAUAUUGGACUACGUAACAGCAUUGAAGCUGCGCUGGGUCUUCUCGAAGCGACAAAAUGUGCCCUUUGGGUUCAUCCCGUCGACUACCCACCGUAUCCUCUGGUCGAAAAGAUCCAACAGACCCGGGAACUGCGUAUUCUAGAGAUCCCCACUGUCGCUGAACUCCUCGAAGCGUCUAGCUCACCUAAUUAUCCUUACAUCAAGACCUACGACGAAGCUAUGGGUGACCCGUUCUGCAUCCUCCAUACAUCUGGUACCACAGGACUGCCGAAGCCUAUUUACCUCAGCAACGGCUUGCUUGCUACCAUGGACGCCGCUCGCAUUUUACCACCGUUUGAGGGUGACAAUGGGACUCGUCCGUGGGCAACCUUGUAUGAAAAGGGCGAUAGACUGUAUUCCCCUUGUGUACUUCUUCAUGGUCCCGGGAUCUUCAUGAACCUGUUUGCGACGUUCCUUUUUGACACGCAUAGCGUCAUGGGUCCCGUCGGCGUUCACCCUGACAUGAAUCUGCUUGCGUCACUUGCAGACCAUGGCAACAUUGAUAUUUGGCACUUCAUGCCUGUGUACGUCAAUGAACUGGGCCAACGCCCAGAAGUACUAGAAAAGUUCAGAUCAUCCAAGUUUAUCGGAGCUGGUGGAGGUCCUGUUAGCGCAGAGCUCGCCGCCAAGGUGAACGAAGUCAUCGAGAAGGGUUUGUUUAAGCAGCGUGCUAUCAAGAAUGAGCACUUGGCUCUGCAUCAGGGAAUCUUUCAUACAUUUCCUGAUGUUGAUGAAUUCAACUUCAAAGACUUAAUCAUCAAACACCCGAGGAAGCCUAAUCUCUGGCUUUACAUGGGUAGAAGUAACGACAUCAUCUGUUUGGAAGAUGCGCAGAAGCUGUCUCCCAUUGAGACGGAGAACAUGAUCUGUGCUCAUCCCAGUGUCAAAGGAUGUGUCAUGGCUCUAUAG